AUGUCCGAUCCCGACAUCCAGAAAUCCCAUCCGCAGCAUCAUGUCUCGGAUUCCGCCCCAGAGUUCGACCCGGAGAGCGGCGUCAAGCGUGGCCUGAAGACCCGGCAUCUCAGCAUGAUGGCCCUCGCAGGAAUCAUCGGCCCCGGCCUGCUCGUCGGGUCCGGCGGUGCCCUGGCAAGCGGAGGGCCAGCCGCUCUCCUGAUCGGCUUUGGUGUUAUUGGCAUAAUUGCCUUCAGUAUAAUGCAGUCACUAGGAGAACUCACAACUCUCUAUCCCAGCGGAGGCGCCUUUACCCACCUUGCGGAUCGGUUUGUCGACAAGGCGUUUGGUGUCGCCGUUGGCUGGAAUUACUUCAUUAUCUGGGCCGCCGUCUUGGCCAACGAAUAUAAUGCCGUGUCGUCCAUCUUCGUCUUCUGGAGUGAUAAAGUCCCGCUUUGGGGCUACUUCCUCAUUUUCUGGUUUGCUUUUCUUGCAUUCCAGCUCCUAGGUGUUCAGGCGUUUGGCGAGGCGGAGUUCUGGCUUGCCCUCCUCAAACUCGCUGGUCUCGUGGCCUAUUUCUUGUUCGCCAUCGUCUACGCAGCCGGAGGGCUCAAGGGCCAGGAGAAACCUCUGGGUUUUCAAUACUGGCAUAAUCCAGGCGCUUUUGCAAGUGGAUUUGGCGGUGUAGCUAAAGUUUUUGUCUUCUGUUCUACGUUCUACGCCGGAUGCGAAUCCGUGGCCGUUGCUGCUACAGAGACGCGGAACCCCCGCCGUGCGGUGCCACUUGCAAUCCGUCAGGUCUUUUGGCGCAUCAUCUUCAUCUACAUGGGCUCAGCAUUCUUCUUUGGAUUAACCUGCCCAUCUAAUGCUGAGGGUUUAGUCAAGGGAGGCAGCAGAGCCCUGAAAUCCCCGAUGACGAUCGCUAUCCAAAAUGCAGGCUGGGAAGGCGGUGUCCAUCUCAUUAAUGCGUUCAUCUUCGCUACUUGUCUGUCCGCCGUUAACAGCUCCAUUUACAUCGGCUCCCGAACCAUCCUCUUCAUGGCCCAAGACGGCAAAGCACCGAAAUUCCUGGGCUUCACGGAUAGCAGAGGCGUUCCUAUCUAUGCGAUUAUCUUCACGAAUCUGUUCGGUGCCCUAUCUAUGAUGAACGUCAACACCGGUGCCGGUGCCGCGUAUGGCUAUAUCGUCAACCUCAGCGGCGUGUCCACCUUCCUGGUCUGGGGCGCAAUAUCAUUCAUCCACAUCCGCUUCCGGAGCGCCUGGAAAGCCCAAGGGCGGCACGUGGACUCCCUCCCUUUCAAAUCCUUCUGGUAUCCCUGGAACGCAUACUUCGGACUGGGAGCAAAUAUCUUCCUCGCUUUCGUCCAAGGCUGGACGACCCUCGCCCCUUUCGACGCCGGGAAUUUCGUGGAUGCAUAUAUCCUCCUCCCGCUAUUCCCCAUCAUAUAUAUCGUCUACAAAUUGAUCAACAAGACGCGAUUCUGGAAGCUCGAGGAGAUUGACCUGGAUUCCGGGAGACGCGUGGAUCUCGAUGCCUCGUCCGAAGAGGAGUAUCUCUCAGGCUCGGAAGUGGGACUGACGAGCUCGAAGAAACUGAGUAUCUGGCGACGACUGGCGAGGAAUUUUUAA